AUGCCUUUCGCCCUACGAGAAGCGUACUCAGAAGAUGCUAGUGCAAUGGCACAGGUCAUGGUAGCCGCUUACCAAGACCAUCCGAUAUGGAAACGGAUGAUGCACUGUGUACCGGUCCCCGAGCAGAUUGACUUUGUGGAGGAGACACUCCAGGAACGUUUCGAAUCAAGUGGUACUUUUUCAUACACCGUCAUUGAAGAUGCGUAUUCGCGGGUUGUUGCGUGGGCUGGACUGAAGUACCCGAGCCAAGACUGUAUCCUGGACAAAGAACGAAAGGCAGAGACUACCCUUCCGAACGGUGUUGACGAAACGGCGGCGAAGGACUUUUUCGAGGCGUUGUCGCCUCCACUCGAAAAGUACGGGUAUAAUCCAAAAGAGCAUGGCGAAUGGCGAGGCUUGGUAGUUCACCCGGCUUAUCAACGACGUGGACUGGGAGGCCAAUUGGCUGCUCACCGCAAUGAUAUCGCUAAGCGUGCGGGUUUCGAUGUGUAUGGUGUUGCAAGGGCAACCUCGCGAGGUCUAUUUAUACACCAUGGGGCAGUUGUUCUCGGCACUUAUAGUGUCGACAUGCAAAAGUAUAAUGGAAGCUGUCCGGCUCAUGGCCAGGUUUAUGUUAUGCGACAGGGGCCUAAUGUUGAGAAUUGUCAGGAAACAGCAAUAGCAAAGGGCGAGGACUGA